AUGCAGAGUAAUGUUUAUGUGGGGCUAAAACCUGCCAACAAUGAAGAUUAUAAUCCAAAUCUACCUGAUGAAUUCGAUUAUUUAUUAUUACCAUUGACGAACAAUAGAUACAAGUUAAAAGUUAGAUCCAUUUAUAAUUCGUUUAUCAAGCAUUCUCAUCAACAUGAUCAGGAAUUGAUUAUUCCAGAACCACAAUUACAAGAACUCUCAAUACCUCCAUUUAUCGAAAAUUUAAAUCAUUCUUUUAUUGGUUUACUUUCAUCAUGGAUAGAAUUAGAGAAUAAUGAUCCCAUUAUAAGAGAUUUGGCAUAUAAGAUACUUUAUAUAGAAUGUAAUUAUGCCAAGUUUAUUGGAAUUAAACAAGUUAUUUUGGCGCCUCCAAGAAAUUUAACAAACUUGAAUUAUUAUACUCAAAUUGUUUCAAAGUUACUAAAUUCAAAUAUUUUCCAAGAUUUAAAUUUAAUCUUAUCAAUUUCAUUACCUCUAUUUGAAGAUUCAGAACCAUUAGCCACAUGGGAAUUAUGGAAUACAAUUAGAAAGAUUUGUAAUUAUAAUAAAUCCUUGACCAUAUCAUUGGCUGUACCAAAGAUUAAAACCCCUUCAUUUGUCAUUAAAAGAUGGCUAUCAGAACCUGUUUCAUCAUUAUUAUUAUCCUCAUCUAUCUUUACCAAAAAUAAUCACAACUAUCCUGUAUUAAAUAAGUUUAAUCAAAAUUUAAUUUCUAAUUUCCAGAAGAUUAAUGCUAAUAAUUUAUUAAAUUUAAAUGAAUUAUCAAUCAUUUUACAUGGUAUUGAAAAAAAUUCGAAUGAUAUCAAAGGUGGGAAAUUAUCCUAUUUAGAAUAUAUUAAUUUCUUAUUAAGAAAAGGGGACAGCUUAAUGCUAUUAGCUGAAGAAAAUUCCAUUGAACCUAUGUCAGAUAAUACCACAAAUUCAAAUAACAACACUACAUCCUCAGGUAUCACCAAUGCUACAAAUACUGACAACAAUAAUAACAGCAACGGUAACAGCAAUAAUAAUAAUAUUAUAUGUUUGGAACAAUUGAAUUUACCAAGAUUAUUACCACCUUUAAAACCACAUUCAAAUAUGUUAACAAAUUUCAUUUAUAAAAAUUUCGAAAAUGAUAAAAUUAAAUAUAAUUUAUAUGAAAAUGCAAUCAAUAGAGCUAUUUACGAUAUCAGAUUUAAAUUCUAUAAGGAAAAUCCAUUGAAUAUUUUAAUUUUAGGUCCAGGUAGAGGUCCAUUAAUUGAUAAGACCUAUCAAAUUUUAAAAGAUUUAAAAAUGCUGGACUUCACCAAUAUUUAUGCCAUUGAAAAAAACUCAAAUGCCUUUUUAUAUUUACAAAAUAAAAAUUUCAAUAAUUGGAAUAAUAAAAUUAAGAUUAUUAAUUCAGAUAUUUUCCAUUGGAAUCCCACUAAAGAUAAAAAUGAAAAAUUGAUUUUCAAUCUUUGUAUAAGUGAAUUAUUAGGUUCUUUUGGUUGUAAUGAAUUAAGUCCAGAAAUUCUUUAUCAUAUUGAAAGAAAUUUUACCUCUUAUGGUAACGAUAAUGAUACAAUUUUUAUCCCAAAUUCUUGUUCUUCUUAUAUUGCUCCAAUUUUUUCUCCUUUAAUGUAUCAAUAUUUAUUGAAUAAACCAUUGAAUAGUAAUAUUACUAAUAAUACUAAUUCUAAUUUUUCUGAAGAUAAUUUUGAAAAACCUUGGGUAUUACAUAAUUUACCUUAUACAAUUGUUUCAUCUAAAAUUAAUGAAAUUUGGUCCUUUAAGCAUCCAAUGCAAAAUUAUAAUACAAUUCAAAGUUCAAAUUCAGUUAUAAAUCCAAUAGAAUUAUUUAAUAAAAAUAGUAAUUCAAAUAAUGAUUUUAAGAUCAAACAUAAAUGUGAAAUCCAUGGGUUUAUUGGUUAUUUCACUGCAAAUUUAUAUGAGAAUAUUACAUUAUCUACUAUUCCAACCGAUUCAACUAUUAAAUUGGCUCCAAGUCAAUAUUCAUCUAUUUAUGAUCAUCAUCAACAUAAUGAAGACUUCAACAAUACUAUUAACUUGAGCCAUACUGUUAAUUUAAAAUCAUGGUCGCCAAUUGUAUUCCCAUUAAGGCAACCAUUAACUGUAACUGAUGAUACUGAAUUACUUAUCUAUUUGUCAAGAAACUAUGACAGAUUUGAUAAAAAGAUAUGGUAUGAAUGGUAUGGUGAAUCAUUUGUAUAUUUAGUUAUGUCUAAUUUAUCCUUGAAUAAUCAUAGUCAUAACAAUACUACAAGCACAAGUAAUAAUACAAAUACUGAUAAGAAUAAUAGACAUUCUCAUCGUACAAGUGGAAGUUCAUAUUUGGAUAAAACUAAAAGAUUACAAAACUGUAAUGAAGAACAAUUUAAGGGAAAUGAUGAAAAUGAUGAUUAUAAUGAUGAUGACAUUGAUGAUGACGAUGAUACUAAUUUUUUAAAUGGUGAACACGAAAAUGCAUGGCAAAGUGUUAAUGAUAUGCAUGAUCUAGUGAAUUCUAAUAUGAAAAUGAAUUCUAAUGAUGACAAUAAACCGACAUUUAAUUUACUCUCAACUAGUCGUAACCAUAAUAAUAAUACCGUUAAUAAUACCACUACCACCACUACUACAACUACUAACAAUAAAAGCACUAAUAGCAAUCAUAAUAAUAGACUUAAUAAUAGAAGCAACUUAACCGAUGAAGGGUAUGAGGAAGAAGAAAUAAUUCAUACUAAAGUUAGAACAGGAGUUUCUUUAUUGCAUAAUGUUUCUGGUAAACAUUUCAAUAUACCUCUAUAA